AUUACACAUUAUCCAUUUAUGAAUCCCCAACUACUCCUUUUUAUCUCUGUGCCCCUCUCUUCAUUGUACUUACUGUACUACACUAACAGUACUCUUUCACAACAACCACUACCACUAAUGUGGCCAUGGCGUAUCCGAACCACUCCUCCUCCACCAUCUCGAUCCCGUUCCUGCAGUUUCUCCUGCUCUUCUUUCAAAGACAUUCAAACCCUCCUUCAACCCGAACCCGUACCCGAACCCGGAUCACCUAAAUCUCCCUCCCUCUUUCGCCGCCCUCGGGUCUCCACCUCCCUCCUCCGCUCAAUCAGCUCCCGCUCCUCCGUCGCAUUGCCGCCGGAAUCCGACCACGGAGACGCCGUCGUCGUCUAUUACACCAGCCUCCGCGUCGUUCGCCGCACCUUCAACGACUGCAGGGCCGUCCGGUCGAUCCUCCGAGGGUUCGCCGUCGCGAUCGACGAGCGCGACGUGUGCAUCGACAACCGGUUCCUCGAGGAGCUGCAGGGAAUCCUUGGCCGCCGGAACGUGCCGCUUCCGAGCGUGUUCGUGGGCGGCGUUUACAUCGGCGGCGCCGACGACGUUAGGAGGAUGCACGAGAGCGGUGAAUUGAAGGCGUUGAUCGAACGGUUACCGAGAUCGGAGCCGUACGCGUGUGAUUCGUGUGGAGGGCUGAGAUUCGUUGUGUGCGACGAGUGUGAUGGAAGCCAUAAGGUUUUCACGGAGAAGAGCGGGUUCAGGAGCUGUAUAUCUUGUAAUGUUAACGGUUUGAUCAGGUGUCCUGCAUGUUUCUUCGUGCUCCCGCGACACAGCAAAUAAUUGCCUGUCGUAAGUAACAAAUAAGAAAGGAA